UUCUGCUUGUCUCUUCAUUUGAAUCUGGAUCCAGCGCCUUCUAUAGUCUCUAUUUGCGCACGCACGAUCCAAACCCAAACCCUAUUUUUCUUUCUCUUUCUCUCUCUCUUCUUUCGUUUAUCUUUCUUCCUUGUUUGGCGUCAGCGUAGAUUACUCAUUGCACAAUGAGGAAGGGGACUAAGAGGAAGACGAAACAGCAGCAAGAAGCCAAACAGGAUGCAGCCGAAGACAACAAGCCUCGAGCUAAACGAGCCAGGACCUCCAAGCCUCAAUCCGAGCCUGAGUACUUCGAAGAUAAGCGCAACUUGGAAGAUUUGUGGAAGGAAACAUUCCCCGUUGGAACUGAGUGGGACCAAUUGGAUACCGUGUAUCAAUUCAAGUGGGAUUUCUCAAAUCUAGAAAAUGCGUUUGAAGAGGGUGGCGUGUUGUAUGACAAGAAAGUUUACCUCUUUGGUUGUACUGAGCCUCAACUCGUCAUGUUCAAAGGGGAAAGCAAAGUUGUCUGCGUACCUGCUGUAGUAGCUGUUGUAUCACCUUUCCCACCAUCUGAUAAAAUUGGAAUAAACUCAGUCCAAAGAGAGGCUGAAGAGAUAAUUCCCAUGAAGCAGAUGAAAAUGGACUGGGUUCCAUAUAUUCCCUUGGAGGAUCGAGAUAGCCAAGUGGACAGGAUAAAAUCCCAAAUAUUUAUCUUGAGCUGCAACCAGAGAAGGUCUGCUUUAAAACACCUGAAGUUGGAUAGAUUAAAAAAAUAUGAAUACUGCUUGCCUUAUUUUUAUCAGCCAUUUAAGGAAGAUGAACUUGAACAGAGCACUGAAGUUCCUAUAAUAUUUCCUGACGAGCCAAAGCCGGUCUUCUGUGAAUUUGAUUGGGAAUUAGAUGAACUUGAGGAGUUUACCGAUAAACUUGUUGAGGAGGAGGAGUUAUUAGAAGAUCAAAAGGAUGCAUUCAAGGAAUUUGUCAAGGAAAGGGUUCGUGAAGCAAAGAAGGCUAAUAGAGAGGCAAGGGAGGCUCGGAAAAAGGCCAUUGAAGAAAUGAGUGAGGAAACUAAAGCUGCAUUUGAGUCUAUGAGAUUUUACAAGUUCUACCCUGUUCAAUCUCCAGAUGCACCAGAUGUAUCAAAUGUUAAGUCUCCGUUCAUUAACAGGUAUUACGGAAAGGCUCAUGAGGUUCUGUGAUUGGCAGCAAAACUUGUUAUGCCUAACACAACAGAUGUUUUGUUUAUUAUGAAUGAAUUUCAGGAGGCAACCCCCUGGUGCCCCAUCGAAAUUCCAUUGCCAGUGUAGUUGUCUAAAGCGACAUACAAUGUAAAACUGUAGAUCAGAGAUCCUAGAGAAGUGAACUAGGUGUUGGAAGGAGUAUAGACAUGUUUCUUGUUUCAUUGUUGAAGAGAAUUCCUGAGCUUCUGGAGCUGCGACUUGCGUGGCUGUCGGAUAAUUCUUUUUCCCUUCAAAGUUAGCUAUGUACGACAGUUUUGAUUCUGAGCUAAAUGAAGAAAUUAAUUCAUU